CACUCCUCAAUGCAAAACUGUCAACAGAAAAAAGGAAAAUUAAAAACGAACCUUUUUUCUUGGUUUGUAGGGUUGAGAGAGAGUGAGACGUGAGACCUGGGACUUUUUGGGGUUGUAGUCAUACUCUCAGUCAUUUGGUUCCUCGAAACAAAAACAAAAACCCUAACACGCAAAGGCUUUGCAGAAGAAGAUUGCGUAAUAUUGAUUUCGGGACUCCAAUAAACCUGGAAAAAUAGCUGAAAGAAGUGUUUUUGUCAAAAUACCACUCUCAGACUCGAGACGUUCAACCAUCAAUGGCGGCUUGUCUGCAACUCAACAUCAAGACGUUCAGCCCCGUUUUCCUAUCAAACUCCGUGCCCAAAUUCUCUGCCGCCAAGGCGAAUAGGAUCAGGAAUAGGAUCAGGUGCUCCGCAGCCUCCCCAUCUAAGCGCUACACCAUCACUUUGCUGCCCGGCGAUGGCAUCGGCCCCGAGGUUAUCUCCGUCGCUAAGAACGUUCUUAACCUCGCUGCCUUUCUUGAAGGGAUUGAAUUUAGGUUCCAGGAGAUGCCCAUGGGUGGAGCUGCCUUGGACUUGACUGGCGUCCCUUUACCGGAGGAGACCCUUUCGGCGGCGAAGCAAUCUGAUGCGGUUCUUCUUGGAGCAAUUGGAGGGUAUAAAUGGGACUCAAAUGAAAAGCAUCUGAAACCAGAGACUGGGUUACUUCAGAUUAGAGAAGGCCUUGAAGUUUUUGCAAAUUUGAGACCCGCAACCGUUUUACCACAGUUGGUGGACGCUUCAACUUUGAAGAAAGAGAUCGCUGAAGGUGUUGAUGUCAUGGUUGUAAGAGAGCUCACUGGAGGUAUAUAUUUUGGAAAGCCAAGGGGAUUUGGAAAAAAUGAAAAUGGCAAGGAGAUUGCAUUCAAUACUGAGGUGUAUGCUAAAGAUGAGAUUGAGCGCAUUGCCCGUGUUGCAUUUGAGACUGCCCGGAAGAGGCGGGGAAAACUUUGCUCCGUUGACAAAGCAAAUGUGUUGGAGGCUUCCAUGUUUUGGAGGAAAUGCAUUGUGGAAAUAUCCUCAGAAUAUCCCGAUGUUGAACUCUCACACAUGUAUGUUGAUAAUGCUGCAAUGCAACUUGUUCGCAAUCCAAAACAGUUUGAUACAAUUGUAACAAACAACAUAUUCGGUGAUAUUUUAUCUGAUGAGGCUUCAAUGAUUACUGGAAGUAUUGGGAUGCUUCCAUCUGCUAGUCUCGGGGAAUCGGGACCAGGACUUUUUGAACCCAUACAUGGCUCCGCUCCUGAUAUUGCUGGACAGGAUAAGGCGAACCCAUUAGCAACAGUGCUCAGCGCUGCUAUGCUUUUGAAGUAUGGACUAGGAGAAGAGCGUGCUGCUAAUAGAAUUGAGGAUGCUGUUCUGGACACACUGAAUAGGGGGUUCCGGACAUGCGACAUAUAUUCACCUGGAACCGAUGACUUUCGGCUUAUACAGAAGUUGGUAGGAUGCAAAGAAAUAGGUGAAGAGGUAUUGAAGUCAGUAGAGUCCCAAGUGCCUGCUUCUGUCUGAACUGAUGAACCAAAUUAGCACCAACAAAGAAUCAUUAUGGUUCGCAACUAUUUAUGUCUUCCUUGUCUAAGGCUCUCCAUACAAUGAAGCAGCUUUGAUGAUCAGCUAAAGACACCUUUUUAGACUUCAUCAAAUUGGAAUUUGUUUUAUCGAGCUUUUUCCCGUUUUGAAGUAUUUCCUUUUCUUUGGAUUAAAUGUUUUCUAAUCUUAAUUUCGUUUUGAGUCUUGACGUUUGCCAGCUGUUGUGUGUGUUUUCUUCUUCUUGAAUAAUUCUUUGAAUCCUUUCAAUUAGGGAGGAUUGUUGUGGCUUGAGAACGUUAAUGUUAAGACUUAAGUAGUAGAGACGUGUCGUGAUGAGUAAUGUCAGACCAAGAAACUGUUGUUUCGUCCAUGAAUUUAUAAAUGAAAAAGACUCGU